AAUAUUGAAAGAGUUGCACGAAGAAAGUUAAAUGCUGUUCAUUUUGCUGCCCAAUUAAGAGACCUAACUAAACCACCUCAUAACCGCUUAGAAGCUUUAAAAGGCGAAUUUAAAGGAAAGUGA